AUGCUCCAUACGAACACCGCGCCCACCGACGCGGAAUGCGACGCGAUCCACGCCCUUCUCGCGUCGCAAACCGCAAAGCUCGGCGAGCUCGACGCGGAGGCCGUCCGCCUGCAAGACUUGCUGAACACGGUCAACUCGAAGCGCAAUGAACUUCGAGACUUCAUCGAUGCCCAUACGGCGCUGGUGGCGCCCAUGCGGCGGGUGCCAGAGGAAAUCUUGCGCCUUGUCUUCCUCGAAACGCUCCCGGAAAAUCGGGGCGCGGCGAUGCAUCCGAGUGAGAGCCCGCUGUUGCUUUCGCGGGUGUGCAGAUAUUGGCGGGACUUGGCUCUGGCGAUGCCGAAGCUGUGGUCCUCAAUUCACAUCGUCGUUCCACCUGUAGCUCACCCACGCGCCGGACCGGUGGCGGAAAACUUAGCUCGGUGGCUUCAUAGGGGUGCGGCAGCGCCGUUGGAUGCUUCUCUGUAUCUGUCGCGGCAUCCACACAUUGAAGAAGCGCCAGAUAUGAUCGAUACUCAGCUAUCACCGCUGUUCGCCGUGCUUCUCGCGGCUGCUUCGCGUUGGCGGGACAUGAAGCUGUCGCUUCACAAUUUCCGAGUCAGUGAUGAGUGGGCCCUGUCAGAGCUCCAGGCUCACGAUGUACCACAACUUCGCAGGAUGGAUCUCUCCCCAGUCCGCGAUGUACAGCUCCCAUUCUUGGCCACACCCAGUCUGCGCCACCUGACUACCGAGGGCCGUGUGCCACUGUUUCCCGAGAACAUUGCAUGGCACAAUCUUGUGUCGCUGGACAUUCAAGUCACCAUGCAAGAGACGGCGAUUGCGUUGCCAUUCCCCUUCCUGCCCCACUGUGUUUCGCUCGAGAGCCUAGCCGUCAGCAUGGACCGCGGCCGGCCUCUGAUUCCCCAGGACGCCGCGGGCUUUGCACUGCCGAGGUUAACCACACUCAAUAUUGGCGUUUUUGAGCGGGGUGUUGACGUGUCACCCGCUAUUGCUAUCAUCAACGCCCCAAUCCUACACACUGCGCUGAUCGCCCAGGACCUCACCGCAAGUAAAAUUCUCCAGCACAUUGGCCACAUCCGCCACCUCAUGCUCUCGAUUGAAGACAUGAGCACCGAUAUGCUUGCCGCCGCCCUCCGGCUCGUCCCCGCCCUUGAGCGACUGCAACUGAAUGGAGAGCCGAAACAGCAUGCCGGAUCUCCGAUGAAGGACGACGAGUACCUCACCCGGGUACUGCCGGACCUCGAUAGCACCCUCUGUCCCGCCUUGCGCCGCCUCGAGAUCACCAAUGUGCGAUGUAUGUCGGACGCGCUUGUCGUACGCCUGCUACGAGCUCGCACCGUCGACCUACCCUCCGAAUCAGGGAUCACCCGCCUAACCGAGUUCCGCGGCCAUUUCUUGCGCACGCCCGGCCUUGACGUCCCCCUCGACAUCCCGGCAGCGCUUGCGGAUUGCCCAUAUCUGAAGCUGCGGAUUGUGAAGCAGGAUGCAUGGCAGUCCGUUGGGCCCCGAUGGGAGUACUCCACGCUCGAGGGAACCGAGCGCGACCCUACAUUUGCUCAAAGGCCCUUGAGUAGCGAGGAAUGGUGGGGUAUGCCAUGA